GAGGCGUAAACUCAAGACAAGCUGUUGCCGAGCAAAGGCUUUUUUUUUCGAACACAACGAAGCAGCAGACGUACAGUCCGCGAAACGGUUCCUACAACCUUCCUUGACGGUAUUUCCAUAUGAAAAUUUACCCCACGUAGGUAAAGGCACCGUUUGUUCUCCAUAGAUUCAGCACAGCUAUUGAUAGACGAGGUAUUUGUACUACAUCUUCUCCUCCAACCCACUCGCUUUUUCUUCUUCUCAUUCCAACGUGUGCCUUUAAGAUUUGACGGUCCUGGCCCAGUCAGGUUGCACCGAACAAUUGACAGCAGCAUAGGCGAAAAAGAUACGCGUACGUACACAGGGGCCACACACUCAUCCUUCACCUCCGCAAUGCUGGCGUCACCCGAGGAGGCGUACACGGACUACCUCGAGCACGUCGUCACCGAGGCCGGCGUUGACCCCGUCGUGGUGCGCGCCACACUACGGCAGCUCGACUACGAUGACGCGACAAUUGCGGUGAUCAUGGGCGAGGCAAGCGGCACUGCCGCGUUGUCUUCCUCAUCCUCCUCGACUUCCACUCUAACGGAGUCGUCUCCAUCGGUGCAGUAUUCUGCGACGCGGCCGCGGGACGCCGCGUCGGGGUCGGCGUCGUCGGUACGGUCCGGGAUGUCACACCCCCUGGUGUCCGACGCGCGCUUUACGCAGCCGCCCUCCAUCACGCACGAGAGCAAACCACCGAGCCGCGCCCCCACCUCCGCUUCGUCUUUGUCCGCUUUAGGGUCUACGGCGUCCGCAAAGAAACGGGACGAGUCUGCCGUCUUGACGGUCGGAGUGGAGGACAAGGCAGGUGACGAAGCCGACAUGACGAGCGUGUCUCGUGGGUCAGAAGCGGAACCGCUAAUUUCGUCUGCACCUACUGUGAAUCUUGAAGGCGAUGCGCAGGCAGACGCCACCGCCUGCUCUCCUCACGCUGUCCUACGCAGCUCCUGGGGCGCUAGUGCCCCUUUCGAGUUAUCCUCUCUCCACACCCAAUUGACGUCAAGAGAGCGGGAUGUUCUGUCACGGUGGAUGAGGGAGUACAGGGCGUUGCUUCUGUCAUCUGCGAUGCCUCGGCAAGUCUCCAACGCACGGGCUGAUGCCCUGGCAAAGAUAGUGCCGCUGGAGGAGCCGUUUGAUGAAUGCCAUCCUGUGCUCCACACCGAGGCGAGUAGUGAGAGCAGUGCGUACGAGAGCGGGCGCGGUGAGAGGUUCUCGCGGGGCUGCGAGGAAAACGGACGUCCGCCUCGUCGUAGCCGCCACGCAGAUGAUCACCGGUCCCCCAAAGGACUGGGCGAUGACAGCGGCGUGUCUGCUGCCUCUUCUACCUCCUCUGGAGGCUUCAGCAGCGAUGGGAACAUAUUUUCAUCGUCGUCUUUGUCGUCGUCAUCGCGCGGAAGGGCACGCGUCUCUCGGCGCAAUAAAGAUGUCUUCCCCAGGCGCUCCGACUCUCCUUUCGUGCACCGCGAAAACAACAACGGCUGUUGGCGCCGCCAUGCGUCUUCGCACUCCGGUGCAGCGCCUCCAGAUGCUUUUCGCCACGUCGUCCCCAAGGCCAAGUCUGCGCUCUUUGUGCCGACGCGUGGAGUGCGCAGCCCGGACCGCAGCGUAGCCUGCGUGCAGUGCACCUCCACAGAAAGGGACUGCCGCCACCCGUACCGCGAGGCCCAGGACGUGCGGAUCAUCCGGGCGUCCCAAAGCCUUGCCGGCGAGACUGGCCGCGCAAGGUCGAGUGAUGGCGUCUCGCGGUCACGCGCGCGUCAGCUGGACAUGGCGAGGCAGACACAGCACACGUCGCGCGCCGAACCGGCGAACGGGCGUCGUAUCCCUGUCAUGCAAGCCCCGGUGCGACUUGCUGUGCACCCGCGAAGUGGACUCGCAGGUGGGCGGCAGACAACGAUGCUGCCAACGUUCGCGCGAACCGAUCGCGUGGCCCUCGCUCUCUACUACCGUCGCGAGUGGGAGAAGCAGGGGCGGCGCACGACUGUGGCAUGGCGCGAUGCGGCGUGA